CGCCCCCCCCCCUCCGGUGAGCGGGGGGGCCGCCAUCUCCUCAGGGCCGCGGGGGUCCCGGUCCCGCCGCCUCCCCCGGGGCACGGGGGGGACUGGUGGUCGUCCUGCGGCCCCCCUCACCUCCGUAAGGCUCACGGGGUGUGGGGCGAGGCCUGAUGGCGGGGUAGUGAGAAACAAGGAGGGUGGCACCGCACUUGAUGGUGGUGAUGUGCUCGCAUCUUGCUUUGUUGUCCCCUGAUCAAAGCCAUGCAGAUGGAUUUAUUCCGGUAACUUUCAGCUGUAUUGAGACCUUUGACAGGAUGUUGGGAUUUCUGAAGAAGCCGGUUGUGGUUACUGCAGAGAUAAAUAUGAACCUCGUGGCAUUGACUGUGAUGGGAUUCAUAAGCCGUCUUUGGGGGCUUUCCUAUCCACGGGCUGUAGUUUUUGAUGAAGUUUAUUAUGGCCAAUUCGUUUCGCUCUACAUGAAGAGGAUCUUCUUCGUGGAUGACAGCGGCCCACCUUUUGGCCAUAUGCUGCUAGCUUUGGGAGGUUACUUAGGAGGAUUUGAUGGAAACUUCUUAUGGAACAGGAUUGGAGCUGAAUAUAGCAUGAACGUUCCUGUUUGGUCCUUGCGACUCCUGCCAGCACUGGCUGGUGCUCUCUGUGUGCCUUUAGCAUACCAGAUUUUGGUAGAACUGCAGUUCUCCCACUGUGCUGCACUUGGAGCUGCUCUUCUGAUUCUCUUAGAGAACUCUUUGAUCACUCAGUCAAGGUUCAUGCUCCUGGAAUCAGUAUUGAUUUUCUUUAUCCUACUCGCAGUUUUGUCCUACCUGAAGUUCUACAAUUUGCAAAGGCACAGUUCCUUCUCUGGAAGCUGGUGGUUUUGGCUUCUGUUGACUGGAGGAGCUUGUUCUUGUGCAGUUGGAGUGAAAUACAUGGGCCUGUUUACCUAUAUGCUGCUCUUGGCCAUCGCAGGACUCCACUUCUGGCACAUGAUAGGCGACCAGAACUUGUCAAACGUUUCCUUGAUGUGCCAUUUUCUAGCUAGGGGACUGGCCCUCAUCAUCAUCCCGGUGGCAAUGUACCUGUCCUUCUUCUAUGUUCACUUGACUUUGCUGUAUCGCUCUGGGCCUCAUGACCAGAUUAUGACAAGUGCUUUCCAAGCCAGCUUAGAGGGUGGGCUGGCUCGAAUCACUCAGGGUCAGCCCUUAGAGGUGGCCUAUGGCUCUCAGAUUACUCUGCGGAACGUGUUGGGCAAGCCCAUGCAGUGUUGGCUCCAUUCUCACACGAAUACUUACCCCAUCAGGUAUGAGAAUGGACGAGGUAGUUCCCAUCAACAGCAGGUGACCUGCUAUCCCUUCAAGGAUGUGAACAACUGGUGGAUUGUCAAAGAUCCAGGAAUGCAGCAGCUGGUGGUGAGUAACCCACCUCGUCCUGUCAGGCACGGACACAUCGUGCAGCUGGUCCAUGGCAUCACGACUCGGUACCUCAACACGCAUGAUGUUGCUGCCCCUCUUAGCCCCCACUCCCAAGAAGUUUCCUGCUAUAUUGAUUAUAACAUCUCCAUGCCAGCACAGAACCUCUGGAGAGUGGAAAUUGUAAAUCGGGAGUCUGACACAGAUGUGUGGAAGACAAUUCUGUCAGAAGUGAGGUUUGUUCACGUGAACACCUCUGCAGUGUUUCAGCUCAGUGGAGCAUCUUUACCUGAGUGGGGAUACCGGCAGCUGGAGGUGGUUGGAGAGAAGCUGUCCAAAGGCUACCACCAAAGCAUGGUGUGGAAUGUGGAAGAGCACAGAUAUGGGAAAAGCCAAGAGCAAAAAGAGAGGGAAGUGGAACUCCACUCUCCCACACAGAUGGACAUAAGUAAAAACCUCAGCUUCAUGGCAAAGUUCACGGAAUUGCAGUGGAAAAUACUCACAUUAAAAAAUGAAGACACAGAACAUAAGUACAGCUCCUCUGCUCUUGACUGGAUCACAAUGGACACAAAUAUUGCCUACUGGCUCCACCCAACCUCUGGUGCCCAGAUCCACCUCCUUGGGAAUGUUGUCACCUGGGCUUCAGCUAACAUUGCUGCUCUGGUCUACACGUGUCUGUCCCUGUGGUACUUGGUCCGCAGAAGGAGAAAGAUUUACGACAUGCCUGAAGAUGCAUGGCAGCUCUGGGUAUCAGCCGGGGGGAUCUGUGUUGGAGGCUGGGCUGUGAAUUACCUGCCCUUCUUCCUGAUGGAGAAAACACUUUUCCUGUACCACUACCUGCCUGCCCUCACAUUCCAGAUUCUCCUGAUUCCCAUCGUAUUACAGCAUCUGAGUGAUCAUCUCUGCAGAUCUCUGCUUCUCAAGAGCAUGUUCAGUGCAUUGAUCGUAGCCUGGUUCUCUUCAGUCUACUUUGUCUAUUGCACAUUUCGCCCUGUGACCUAUGGGGAACCCUCGCUGUCUGUUACUGAACUCAAGGACUUGCGCUGGAAGGACAGCUGGAACAUCCUUAUCCGAAAACAGUGACAACUACAAUCUUGUUACAGGCCAAACGCCUUGAAACGCCUUUUAUGCAAAGCCAAGAAUUUAUUGUUAGUAUAACUGAAAUCUUAACAGUCUGAUCAAAUAAUUGAUAGUAGUCCAGAUCUGAUUAUUACAGGAAAAGAAAAUAAAAGAAUACUGUUACAGAAAA